AGGGACCGUAGCUCGAGCUGUCACCUCCCUCCAGCUCGAGCUGUCAGUUGACAGCCAACACAGAGCCGGAAGCCACAUACCCGCGGAUUUGAUGAGCCGUAGAUUUUACACACAUAUUUGUACGCGAUAAGAGAUAAAGCCUUAAAGAAUUAAUCGUGAGGGCCCACGCUGUCAUAUCUACGGACUGACCCGUUAUCGUGUACAAGGAAGGAAAGCCAUUGCUAUCUGACGAACAUUCAAGCUAACUGUUAGCUAGCUUGACAGCUUGCCAGUGCUGUGCAGUGCUCGAGCCAGGCUGUGUGUGGGUGGGCUAUAGCUGCCGAAGGUCGGACUGGACACCACGGACUGUUUGUAAAGCUCUUUGGUCAGCGAGCUAAAUACCCAUAUGACGAGGCUGCAUGACAUUUCGUUUACCAUUUCUACAUUGCAGUAUUAAUUUGUGAUGUUUUUUUUCCACUGGAUGCCAAACGAGUAUUCAUCCCGUUGCGUUGUAGUCAGUUAGUUGCUUACCAGGCAGCUAGUAGCUAGAUAGCUAAGCUAUGCUAACGUCAGAUCAGUGAGGACUGGCUGGGUGCGAGAACCGCAAGGAAGAGGUGACUUUACUGUCGAAGUGAUGGGUUAUUAAACUAUAGCUGGGAGUUAUAAUAGACGAAGAUAUUUGCUCGCAGUUUCUUCAGCUAAUGAAUAAGAAAACGGUGAUAAAUUACGCAAAUCCAAGGAGCCUGGCAACAGUAAAUCUGUGAACGAGGACACAUUUAGACGGGUGUUGUAAUUAUUAUUUUUUAUUUUUAGUUAAAUGCAGAGUGUCGGUGAUCACUGAGCCGUGAGCUGGUGGUGAGCAUCAGCUACCCAGCGAGCUAUCUGAGAUUCAACCAGUUUACUACCGCUAAAGAUGGCUACGGCGAGCAGCAUUGCCGCAUCUAUUGCGAGCAAAACGAAGACCAAGAAGAAACACUUCGUGGCUCAGAAAGUGAAGCUCUUCCGAGCCAGCGACCCUCUUCUGAGCGUCCUAAUGUGGGGAGUGAACCAUUCGAUCAAUGAGCUGAGCCAUGUUCAGAUCCCUAUCAUGCUGAUGCCAGAUGACUUCAAGGCCUACUCCAAGAUCAAGGUGGACAACCAUCUCUUCAACAAGGAGAACAUGCCAAGCCACUUCAAGUUUAAGGAGUACUGUCCUCUGGUCUUCCGUAACCUCAGGGAGAGGUUUGGGAUUGAUGACCAGGAUUUCCAGAACUCUCUGACCCGCAGCGCUCCUCUGAACAGCGAGGCUCAAGGACGAAGCGGCGCCCGCUUCCACACCUCCUACGACAAGCGCUACGUCAUCAAGACCAUCAGCGGCGAGGAUGUGGCCGAGAUGCACAACAUCCUGAAGAAGUACCACCAGUUCAUCGUGGAGUGUCAUGGCAGCACCCUGCUGCCUCAGUUCCUGGGGAUGUACCGGCUCACCGUGGACGGAGACGAGACUUACAUGAUCGUCACCCGCCACGUGUUCUCUCACCGCCUGUCCGUCUGCCGCAAAUACGACCUGAAGGGUUCCACAGUAGCAAGAGAGGCCAGUGACAAGGAAAAGCCGCGCCCCCCCGAGGACGUGCCCCCGAGGCCCAAAUCUAACGUUCAGCAAAGGCUGCAAACGCUGCGGAUCGCCACGCGCUUUUACUGCGCAAUGAAACACGUAAGAGAUGCCAAGGAGCUGCCCACCUACAAGGACAACGACUUUAUCAACGACGGACAGAAGAUCUACAUCGACGAGGAGAACAAGAAGAUGUUCCUGGAGAAGCUGAGGAAAGAUGUGGAGUUCCUGGCCCAGCUGAAGCUGAUGGACUACAGCCUGCUGGUGGGCAUCCACGACGUGGAGCGGGCGGAGCAGGAGGAGGUGGAGAGCGAGGACAACGAGGGCGAGGAUGACGGCGAGAGCGACGGAGGGGGUGUGGGCACCCCCCCGGACAGCCCCAGCAACACCCUGGACAGCACCAAACCCCUCUCACCCGGAGAGUUCGACCCCAACAUCGAUGUCUACGCCAUCAAGAGCCAUGACAGUGCUCCCAGGAAGGAGGUCUACUUCAUGGCGGUCAUUGACAUCCUGCAGCAUUAUGAUGCCAAGAAGAAGGCUGCUCAUGCUGCCAAGACCGUCAAGCACGGGGCAGGAGCAGAGAUCUCCACGGUGAACCCAGAGCAGUACUCCAAGCGCUUCUACGACUUCAUCAGCAACAUCCUGUCAUAGCCCCCCUCGCCCACGGCAGCGGGGAGGGGGAGGAGGGAGGGAGGGGAGACCAUAGAGAGGAGAGGUGGUAGUUGUUAUGACUCCCGUCCUCCUUCACUCACCUCUCUCUCUUCUCUAGUUCUCUUCCCCUCCGCUGGCUGCUCCCCUCUGCAGCUAAAACCUUAGUUUACAUUUGCCGCCUCCUCGAUUGGGUCGCACUUUGUUACUUUGGACCAGAAGGGUUCAAGAGGAGAACGGGUCCUCUAGUCAUUACUGUUUUAUAUCAUUUGUUAUUGUUUGCUUGUUUGGGAUUAUGGCUUUAGGUUUUUUUUUUUUUUACUGCCUCUCAACACCCUGCAUUGUUUGUUGUUGAUGUUGUUGUUGUUGUGUGAUUUUCUGAUUGACCUUCUGAAGUGCAGAGGGCUUGUGUGAGGUCAGGUGGAGGGGAAUGACAGGAUAACGAGAGUGACGUCACGUAAAAAGGUGAAACAGGAAGUGUACCUUUACGGGCUCGUCCAAUGCAAUCGCUCCACUUCAGGAAGUCGGAGGCAGUCUUCCAAUAGGCCGACAGCCAUACCAUCCAAUCGCCAUGAGUUCACCCUGCCAAACCAAUCCCUGCUGAGUCUCCCCUCCUCCAGCCGCCCAAUCAGCUGCUCCCCCUGACGACGCAUGUUCCUUCUCCCAAGCAAGGCUCCGUGGUUGUACUCCUACCACACACACACACACGCCUGUUCAGCACCCACUUCCCUGAAAACACACACACAUAUAAACACACACACACGCCUUUUCACAUCUCCGUUCUGCACCCGAUUCCAGACACACACACAUGUAUAAACACUCACACGAGAGAAGCCAGGGUUGGUCUGGGCCUGGUGUCUGAGAGCUUGCUAGCUGAAGAAGGUUUGUCUGGAGAUGGAUCCAGAGGUCAGGUGGUCAACCAGUUCACCUCACCCUGAAUCCCAUCACUGUCGCCCGCUCUACCAGAAUCCUGGUCCGUUAGGUUUUAGAGAGGGAGGCGCUCGUUGCCGUGGCGUCCGGGUGAGGCUUUGUUGACCCUCCAUUGCCAUCAGCACCUUAACCGUUGCACUUUUAUACCAGUUUUUUUUUUAAAAAAUUUUAUCGCAUCUCUCGUUCUUUUACUGAAGAACUUUCUGGAGCUCUGGAACAUGGCCCUGACAGGUGCCCCGCCCUGCCCCCCUUCUACCCCUGCCCCCCUUCUACCCCUGCCCCCCUUCUACCCCUGCC